AUGGCUCUUGUUGGUCGAAAAGCAAAUAAUUUAAAAGCGAUCGCAUUAUAUUGUGCAAAAGCAGCAGGCAUUCAACCAUUGACUAUCGUAGCUGAUUUAACCGAAGACUCCGGUGUGGAAAGAAUUGUCAAGGAAACUAUCGAUCAUUUUGGACGUCUGGACGUCUUGAUAAAUAAUGCCGGUAUUGUUGAUAUGGGUGGAUUGAAGAAUUCAAACAUGGAGACCUAUGACAGAGUGAUGGCGACGAAUAUGAGGGCAGUAUACCAUUUAACAAUGGUCGCCACACCACAUUUAAUCGAGAGUAAAGGUUGUAUAGUGAACGUUUCCAGUAUAGCGAGCCAAAUGCCUAGCACAACGGCCACAGCAUACCAUAUAUCGAAGGCUGCUCUCGAUCACUUUACGAAGUGUGCAGCGUUGGAGUUGGCACCUGACGGCGUCAGAGUUAAUUCUGUUAAUCCGGGUUUUGUAAAAACGAACCUACUUAAAAAUGUCGGCUUGAAUGAAGAUCAGAUGGACUUGUUGGCCAAAAAUAUGAUUGGAAGGACACCAAUGAAGAAAAUAAUAGAAGGGGAAGAUAUCGCUGCACUGAUUGCAUUUUUGGCGGGCGACAAAGCAAAAAGUAUAACCGGUUGCAAUUACGCUAUUGAUGCAGGCAGACUUCUUAAUUCG